AUGGCGUCAACCGAGAUAGCGAGGCAAGCGGGUGAAGGUGCUCGUGCUGUCCCUCUGGCAGGCCAUGUCGGUUUCGACAGCAUGCCUGACCAGCUGGUCAACAAGUCUGUCAACCACGGUUUCUGCUUCAACAUCCUCUGUGUUGGUGAGACAGGCCUGGGGAAGUCCACCCUGAUGGACACGUUGUUCAACACCAAGUUUGAGGGCGAGCCCACCCAGCACAACCAGCCGGGAGUUACGCUCAAGUCCAACACCUAUGAGCUCCAGGAGAGUAACGUGCGCCUCAAACUUACUGUCGUCAACACCGUGGGCUUUGGGGACCAAAUAAACAAGGAAGACAGCUACAAGUCUAUUGUGGAGUUCAUUGACGCCCAGUUUGAAGCAUAUCUACAGGAGGAGCUGAAAAUCAAGCGCACGCUACACAGCUACCACGACACCCGCAUCCACGCAUGCCUGUACUUCAUCGCUCCCACAGGACACUCACUUAAAUCCCUGGACUUGGUGACCAUGAAGAAACUGGAUAGCAAGGUCAAUAUUAUUCCAAUCAUUGCCAAGUCGGAUGCCAUCUCCAAGAGCGAGCUGGCCAAGUUCAAAAUCAAGAUCACCAGUGAGCUGGUCAGCAACGGUGUUCAGAUAUACCAGUUCCCCACUGAUGACGAGUCUGUGGCAGAGAUCAACUCCACCAUGAAUAGCCAUUUGCCAUUUGCCGUGGUUGGCAGCACGGAGGAAGUUAAGAUUGGGAACAAGAUGGUGAAGGCCCGACAGUACCCCUGGGGGACGGUGCAGGUGGAGAAUGAGAAUCACUGUGACUUCGUCAAGUUGCGAGAAAUGCUGAUCAGAGUGAACAUGGAGGACCUGCGAGAGCAGACUCACACACGUCAUUAUGAGCUCUACCGCCGCUGCAAACUAGAGGAGAUGGGUUUCAAGGACACAGACCCUGACAGCAAGCCCUUCAGUCUUCAGGAGACGUAUGAAGCCAAGAGGAACGAGUUCAUGGGAGAGCUCCAGAAAAAAGAAGAGGAAAUGAGACAAAUGUUCGUCCAGAGAGUCAAAGAGAAGGAGGCUGAGCUCAAAGAAGCAGAGAAAGAGCUGCACGAGAAGUUUGACCGUUUGAAGAAGCUCCACCAGGACGAGAAGAAGAAACUGGAGGAGAAGAAGAAGUCCCUCGAUGACGAGCUCAACAUGUUCAAACAGAAAAAGACUGCUGCAGAGCUCUUGCAGAACCAAGCCCAGCAAGCAGGAGGCUCCACCACACUCAAGAGGGACAAAGAGAGGAAAAAUUAACUCCUCCCACACUUGCUGCAUGCUGCAUGAGGCACCUUUUCUGCAUAGGAUUCCUGUAGAAAAAGUGCUCCCUUGUGGCGAUCCUGCUGUGAAUGAGUUCCCACCCCAUCAUCCUUUACAGUCCCCCUUCCCACCCUCACCCUCACCCCAUAAUUCAACCCUCCCUUCCCCCCUCCCCCGCUCUCUGGAAGACGCUGGGCAUUGCUAGCAGUUUGACAUCACUUAUUUUGCUGAAUGAUGCUUGUCUGUUAUAUGGUUUGUUACAAGCAAUUAUUCAGCUUGUUUUUUUUUUUUUUUUUUUUUUACAAAUAAGUAUUUACAAAAAAAAAAAUUUGCAUUCCAUGUUUGUUUUUAUAUUCAGUGAUUCUUUGCAUGAUGGAGUGAGCUUUUUUUAAUAUUAACUUACAUGACUACUGUUGUGAUGGGCAGAAAUGUACUGAAGCAUAAAGUGAAACAUGCAUCAGACGGUGGGACCUGAGUGUGUACGUGUGGAGAGGAUCUGCAGUAGAUUACAGCCGAGACAGAAUUAAGACGGAUGAGGAUUAAUGCAAGAAUGUUAAGACGUUGUUAAUGUAUAAAACUGAUCUAUCUUCAGAUUAAAGGGAUGCAAUCAGAUUAGUGAGCCUUCAUUUUACAUGCAACAGCAGUCUCUUAAAUAACUUAAUAACUCUUGAAAACAACAAUUACCAACAUAACUUGUUAUCUGAAAGUCACUGGCUGGGGUCCAGCUGGUUUGUUAUUAGUUUAAAGUUAUAAUCCUAAAGAUUUCAGUGAUGGCGUGCAGUGGAUUACUACAGCAAACACUCGUUGAGCUGCUACUUUGUGAGUAAAGAGUAACUGUGGUCCUGCCAAGCCAAACAAGCUCACAUUGGCCUGUUUCUCUGCACUCAGUAGAGGACAUAUCUCGACCGAGGCCCAAGAGACCCCUAUUAUACUCACUCGCUCAAACUGGCCAUCUAGAUACGAUAGAUUUCUCAUUAAAGAUCCAUUAAUUAUUCUCUGAGAUAAUAAUGAAAAUGCAAAACAAACAAAAGAAACCAUCCUCUCUUGCAGUGUUGCAGAGAAAUUGCUGGGAUCCGUCCAUUUAUCUCGAUACACAUCCAAAGGUAAAGGGGUCUAUUCUGGGCCAAGACCCGUCCACCAGCCAAGCUUCCUGAUAAUCCGUCAAGUGGGGGUUUUUUUUUGUCAUCCUGUUGACAAACCAACUAACAUAUAGACAUAUAGAUGACACGCAGUCAGAGGUAAUGACUGCAUGCGGGGAUCCUGCGCCAGUUCUCCGCCUCCUCCUCUGUCUGAAUGUCUCGGAGGCGGCGAGUGGUAAAAAUUUCACUCCGGCGCUGAUCCGCCUCUGGAGGUAGUGUCAGAGGUGCAGCAUUAGCGAACCGAACCAGUGUGAAUGGAUAAAUCCUGCUGACAAACCAACCAACAGAUGACAACGACGGCAUGUUUGAUCAGUCAUCACUAUUGGCACAAAUCAUAGUGACGUUACGCGUGGUGAGUUUCAAAAAGCCAGCCCGUGUUUUGCCAGAAGAAACACUUUCACUGUGAAGCAGCAGGAGCAGAAAAGUAGAAGUAGCUGUAACUGCGUACAGCUGUAGGAGAGUAUUAUUAAAAAAAAGAGUAUUUUUUUUUUCAUGGAAUUAUAAGGAAUAUAACUUUAACGCUCCCACCUACAGCCACACUGUGUACUGUGUAUGUUAGAUUAUUAAGAAGAACUGAAUUGUAGACUGAAUUUGUUUCUGUGUUGACGUCCCUCUGCUGAUGCUGUUUCACUUUAGCCUGAUGCAUGAGUAGUUGUGAGCCUAAUCUCUUUGCCACUUCUCCCAUACCUCAUUCAUUGUCAUGUGUUAUGUGCAUACUUGUCUUAGCUUUUCACAUUUGCACUUUUUUUUUAUACACAAAUGUGAUGUUUUUUCUUUAAAAAAAGUAUAUAUUAAUGUUGUCAGUGCAAUUGUAACUUUCUUUCUUUUUUUUUUUUUUUACAUUUUGUUUUAUAUGAAGGCACAUUCUAAAGUCAAUCAUCAGGAUGUCCCACUUCGUCCUGCAGGGGACCCGUGUUUGUUUGUAUCAGUGUUACGCAUAAAAUAAAUAUUAUAUCAAAAGAAAAUAAAGGCCAAUUUUUCACCAAAUAUAA